AUGCAGAAUGACACGUUCUCGGAAGCUCUGGAUUACUAUAACGAGCAAGGGAGGAUGAAACUGGGCCACAAUGCCUUCACCUUCCCCUCACGUCUCGGUGCCUGUGCUGGUUCAGCCGAUCUCGAGCCAGGCCGGAAAAUCCAUGAGUAUGUUUUGGAAGUUGGAUUGGUUUCUGAUUUGCACUUCAGAAAUUCUUUGGCUAAUGUGUGUGCGAGGGUCGGUUCCUUAAAUGAGGCUGGGAAGAUGUUCGAUGGAAUGCGUCACAGAGGCAUUGCUUCACCUGUGAAUAGGGAGCGUGUCUUGCUGGCCUAUGGAGGUCUUGGGGCUGUCGAAGAGGGUAGGAUGAUUCACAGGCUUGUAUAUGAGAUUGGGAUCAAGGAGGAUAGACUAGUGAAAAUGGAGCUGUUCCAAGAGAUGGUGAUUGAAUCAGAACUGGAUCUCGUGACAAUCAUAACUAUUCUUCAUGUUUCUGAUGACGUCAGUGACUUAAAACCUGUCAAGUGUGGCAGUUCAGAUUAUGCAGCCCAUGUCUUUGAACACAUGAAUACUGGGCACAUUGUGUCAUGGACCUCUUUGGCAUUUGCCUAUGGUAUGCAAGGUCAAGAUGAGAAGGCCUUGAGAACAUUUUGGAGGAUGAAAAAAAUGGGUAUAAGACCAGACAGUGUCACAUUUAUCGCCGUCAUGGUCAAUCUGCUUGGGUAUUUUUGGAAAUUAGUUGAGACAGAAACUUUCAUUGAAGAAAUACCAUUUGAACUGACAUUAAUAUAUGGGGAGCUCUUGCCUGUAGAGUCUCUGGAAAUGAACCUUCAGAUAUGUGGAGAUUGCCACACGGCAAGCAAACAGAUAUCAAAAAUUGUCCAGAGAGAAUUAUUGGUCGGAGAUGCUAGUCACUUUCAUCUAUUCAAGGAUGGAAUUUGCAGUUUUGGUGAUUACUGGUGA